UAUUUAAAAAGGAGACAGUCGGGCGCUGCUGCAAUUUGUAUUAAAGCCCCAUCGUGUCUCUCUAUGGAAGCCGUAACGGCUCAAGACAGUCUCCAGUACGCACCCUCCUUUCUGUCCUGUUAACACUUUUUUCGUCUCGGGAUACUCCAGAAGGACUCUCGUUCGUGUGUAUUCGACAGUUUUAUGCCCUUUUCUUGCCUUUGACCAACGUAGCGUCAUUUACAACACUGACACCGACCGGAGGCUGACAGAAUGGCAGGAUAUGCGCGUGUCGUCUGUGGCAUGGUUGUCAUCUUUGGGCUUCUCUCCUGCGCGACGGAGUCAAAAGGAAAUCGAGGCUCCCAAGGCGCCAUUCCUCAUCCUGCUAAGAACAAUCCAAACGAAUCCGAGCAGCAACGUCAACGCCCGCAGUCCGGCUCCAGCUCCGGCGGGAGAAGUAACGGGUCUCCUGGAUCUGCCGAAGAGGUGCUGGAGUCCAGCCAAGAGGCUUUGCACGUCACGGAGCGCCGCUACCUCAAACGCGACUGGUGUAAAACGCAGCCGCUUAAACAGACCAUUCACGAGGAAGGAUGCAUUAGUCUCACCAUAAUUAAUAGGUUUUGUUAUGGACAGUGCAAUUCAUUUUACAUUCCCAGACAUGUUCGUAGAGAAGAGGGAGCCUUCCAGUCGUGUUCUUUCUGUAAACCGAAGAGAUUUACUACUAUGACAUACACACUGAAUUGCCCUGAUCUGCAGCCGCCAACCAAAAAGAAGCGCGUUCAGCGCGUCAAGCAAUGUCGUUGCAUUUCUAUAGACUUGGACUAAGUAAGAUAACAGCGGAUUUUUUUUAAAUAUAUCGAUGGACUGAAUUUAACGGCUCUGAGGAGCGGUAAUCCAACAUGACACUGCCCAAAAGAUGUCAGGCACUUAGAUACGCACGUCCUGCAGCUUUAUUUGACUGAAAAAAAGUAACGUAACCAACCGAGGUAAUACAUCUGAAAAGACAGACUGAACUCACCGCCACUGCCAAAACUGCGACACUUAUACUUUGGGUUUGCGUAGCAUCGAUUGGAAAAGCUUAGAGUGGUCAUAGUGCAUCUCCAUUGGGGAGAUGAUAUUGGUUCGUGCAUUAUGGAUUAUUACUUGCCAUACCAUUCUAUGUAGCAUAGGCUAAAGUUUGAGUUUUGGAGACUGCCAAGAAGUGUUUCCACCAUGUGGAACUGAGUAUCUAAUAGGACAUUUAUGUAAGACAAUUAUUUAAUUUGAUAGAACGGGACGUUGUAUUAUAGCAGGUAUAUUUUAUUGUCCUUUUGCUGUGAAUUUUGAUUGUGGCAGGACCGGAAGAAAUUUUUUUAUGUACACAUUGUUUUACCCAUGACUAGAAGCAUCCUAAAUGAAAGAUAUGAUUAACUUCAUGACGAUCCUCGUUACUGGUCUUUUUAGCUUUCUGAAAUGGUACAAAUUUGUUUACGCUACAGUGUAAAUAGCGUGGUUUAUUCUGUUUACAUUUUCCUCGUUUUUGUUUUGAUUGCUGCUUUAUCCUCAGUGUAGGCUUAUUGAACUAAUGUAUUAAUAAAAAUAAAAUAAAUAUAAUUGGA